UCUGCUAAAAAUAUAAAACAGCUGUUUUGUUACAAUUGUUUCAACAAUUAAUAUACUUUGAAACUAGAAAAUGAGCUCGGUUUUGAAAAUAUUGAAUGUGGCAAAAACUGUAAAGACAGUCUGUACAAGUAUCUCAAAUAAAUCAUUGACUAAUUCAUUAUUUAACAGAAUACAAUGCCAGCAACUACAAAUAUCUCAAAAUGCUUUUUUUGUUGAUAUGAGUGCGCGGUCAUUCCAUUCUAGUAGUCCAUGCCUAGACCUGAUGCAAUUCUUUGAUGAUCCCAAGAACUGGUCAGAAAAUGAAGUAAAGGUUGGUCGUGCAUGGAAGCUCGAGGAAUUACGUAUUAAAUCAAAUAAAGACCUGCAUCAAUUGUGGUAUGUUCUACUUAAAGAGCGAAACAUGCUACUAACAAUGGAACACGAAUGCAAUGAGAAAAUGGAGUUAUUUCCAAGUCCUGAGCGUUUAGAUAAGGUUAAAAUAUCGAUGGCAAACUUGGAAACUGUUGUGCGUGAAAGAAAUAAGGCCUAUCAUCUCUUGGAAACAGGUGAAACUGGAGAGCGACCCACUCGGGUGGUAUACAAUGCACUUGGUUUAAGGCAUCUCUAUAAAUCUUGUGAACAUGUGUUACCACCGCAUAUGAACGUUAAAUGGAUAAAAUCACGUAAUAUUGGUUUCGGUGGGCGAGCAGUGCGUAAAUUCCUAUUAUUAUAUCGCGAGAAACUGUAUAAUAUCAAACGAAAGGCCAAGAACCGUUCCCGUAAUGAAGUUAUGAUGAUGUUGCGACGUAAUCCGAAUAUUGAUAUUCAAAUUAUUCGGAGCAAAUAUCCAGAUGUAGAUGUUGAUAAACUAUUGAGGGAUGAUAAAACGCGUGGGCAUUUCGUGCCGAAAGUGGAUAUUUGAAUGUUUCGCAACAUCCAAACAAUUAUUAAAAUAAAAGUAACACAAAUUUAUAACUGCAUAUUGCAUCAAAACAUAAAGUUUAUUCAUCAUCUUGAAAA